UUGACAGCAAAGGCUGCUGGUGCAGUGUUGUUAGCCAAACCAUUAGCGAGAUUUUAUCAGGCCAUGAUUAAUUUGAGAUUAUAACAAGCAUAGUAGAGUCUUUCAGAGGCUGACGUGAACCUGAUGGAUGUGACUGGAGAGGUGGAGAACCAAGACGCGUACAGCAGCAGCUCCCCAACCCCUGGUGUGUUACCUCAGGAGAACCAUGAUGACAGCCUGACCUAUCACACCCCUGCCCCAACACUGUUUCCCCAGCCAGAUUUUUGUCAGGGGAAUCGGUUACAAGUUGCCAGUGCUCUCCAGACCAGUCGUCUACUCCCAGCUGUCAGAAUAUUUAUACCAGCCCGCUGAUGGAGGCAACUUCCAGCUCCCUCUGCCAGUCAUGGAAGACAUCACACCAGAGAUCAUUUUCUACGAAGACAGAAACUUUCAGGGUAGAUUCCACGAGUGUGACAAUGACUCGAGCGACCUGCACACAUACCUUAGCCGCUGCAACUCCAUCCGAGUGGAGGGAGGAUUCUGGGUCAUCUAUGAGAGACCAAACUACAUGGGCUACCAGUAUGUGCUGAGCCCAGGAGAGUACCCAGACUACCAGCGCUGGCUGGGCAUCAACGACACCAUCCGCUCCUGUCGCAUUAUUAGGAACGUGGGGAACUCAUGGAGGCUGAAGGUUUGGGAGAAGCCCAACUUCGAGGGCCAGUCAAUGGAGGUGACAGACAACAUGCCCGUCUUCCAUGAACGCUGGCACAGCCGCGAGGUCCACUCCUGCAAGGUGUUCGAAGGCGCCUGGAUCUUCUACGAGCAUCCCAACUACAGGGGGCGUAUGUACCUGCUGGAGAGGGGCGAGUACAGACGGCACACAGAGUGGGGGGGCAUGCAGCCCAUUGUUGGAUCCAUCCGCCGGCUUAAGGAGCAUUAGCCAUGUAAUUUAGCAAAAAUGUGUGAUGAGGCUGAAAAAUA